GAAAUCUAAAACGAUACGAUUUGUAGACUACGCAAGUAUUUUUAUGUAUUAAAGGUUAUGUUGUAAGUUUUUAUCACAAUAUUUGUAUUGUAGCUCAGUGUUUUAUAUGAUUAUAUAAAAUGGAUAAAGAAAAUGAAACAAAAAGUAAAUGAAUAUGAAAAUGAUAAACCGAGAUGAAACCGAAACCAUAAAAGCGUAAAAACCAGAAGAGCAAACCCGGACAGAAAGAAAAAUUAUUGUAUUACAUACAUCUUAUAUAUAAUAAAUAUGCUUCUUAAUAAAAAACAAAACAAAACAAAGCCCCGAAUGCGCGGAAACUGAUUUACGAUGCUGACACGCACUGUCCCGAUAAAGAAGUCGCAUCGGUCGCCUUUAAGCCGGGGUGGCUUUACUUGGCCACGGCUGUCCGGGAAACGGAGGAAAAAUUUAAUUAUGACACCCGAGUUAUCUUAGCAGCAAGACCCCUGAUAUCUCUAAUUCAAGUUUGCUUAUUCAUAUCUAAACAGUUAUACUGGCCUAGCUGGCCCAUGGUUAUAAAUUUUGCCCGAUAGCAAGCCCGAAUCUUUUCUGUGUGGUCACCCUUUUUUAGUGGUCAGCAAUCAGGCUUGAUGAAUCAGUUUGGUGGCGCUUUUAAUUGAUACGAUGAUUUUUUCCAAUUUUUUCCAAUUACAAUUGAUCUCAGUUAAGAAGUUAACCAAAGCCAGGCAAUUCAAUUAGGCCAAGUGAAGAAGUAAACACCCCGAAGUGAACUUUCUUGCCCGGCUCAAGGUCACAAAGGAUAUAUAAAUAUUUUUACAGCUCCACAUUAUAUAUUUGCACCCAAAUAUGCCAAUCAAGUUGACAUUCAAUUCAAUCUGACCCAAUAUUGCGAUGGCGGCGAUGGGGACGAUGGGGGCGAUAAUCGAUAUUUGACCUAGGCCAAUAAAUUCUUUCCGCCUGCCCCAUUUCACCAGAGUUUCGAAGUUGUCUAAUCAACAUUUAAUUUGAUGUUCGAUUCGAACGCUCCGAAGCCAUCAAACAUCAAACAAAUGGCAGGGGGCUUUUGGGGGCCUAAGCCCCAACUAAUCAAGGCAAACACAUCGAAGAAUACCAGGAAAAAUCGUACGCCCACCAAACCCAUUUACCCCUCCAUUUCUGUCAGCGACAUUUCUGGCAAUUUAUUGAAGACGAAUAUUCCAAUCAGAGCGAAUUUAUUACGUCAAUCGUGCUGAAGCCGUAAAAAAUAAAAGGUAAGUGUGAUAUCGUUUGAAUCCAUCUAUCGCCCAUCCGCAGUUACAGCUGUAGUCAAAACCACAGCAGUUCUUUUGAUGGAUUCAGAAUAGUAUGGAUGAUUUCAGAUUUCAAAGGAAAAAAUGGCAACCAUUUCUUUAUUUAAUGUAACGUUUUGGGUUUUAAAGAACUGUUAAUAGUUUGAAAUCCACAAAGAACCUUACCAGAAAGCUUCGAAUAUAAUGGAAACUAAUUAAAAUGUAUAAAACGGCGAGUUUGUGUUUUGAUAUAUUUUAUGAUUAUUCAUCUUUUAAAUAUUGUUAAAGAUGCACGUUUAAUAUGGAUAUGAUAACUAAGUAUGGCUUUUUAUGAACAUUCAUUGCUAAUAACUUGAUCACAUCUGUGUACACCUAUCGCUCUGACAAACACACUCAUUCUUGAAAGAAAGCCUAUAACGGUAACGCUAUAACGGUACGUUUGUCCUUUGUGGCGAAUAUUUUUUACAGCUGACAAGAAAGGCGGUUGUCAGAGCGAGAGGACGACAGCAUUGGCGUGCACAUUGCACGCGGCGACAGGUGGGUGGAAGGGAAAGGGCAGAUGGGGAGUGCAGGAGAUAGAUAAGUAAUUCCAUGGAGCAUGCAGCUUGGUUGGAUGUCGAUUCGGAAUCGCAAUCGGAGUUCGGAGGCUCCCAGCAUUGAAUUGGUGUUAAGCACGAACUGAACGAAAUGGAAAUGAGCGAACGAGACUGAGAAUGAAAAUCAGCAGUUGUCAUUGUCAUUGGAAUUGGUUGAGGACGGGCGGGCGGAAAGUGGGUGCAAAAGGGGGGGUGUUUACCGCUCAAAGGCAAAAAAGGGAGAUGAAAGACACGCCAUCGAAAGGAGACUCCACCCGAGCUCCGUUCAUCCAGUUGCCGCUGUUCACUGCAACUGCUCGGUUCGGAUUCGCUCCUGCUCUUUUUACCGUUACCUACAGCAGUCACCUUAUCCGGGAAGUAUCCCGUUUAUCCGUAGCACCCUCGUGUUUCCAGAUCCGCGAAUAUAACAAUCCGAUUGUGCUAAAAAUUUCAAUUUAAUAGCUGUGCCUAAUUGGAGCACGGUAUCGGUAUCUCGCUAAUUGUGGAGCCUAUCCCCUAUUUACCGAUCGUGCUAAAAUAUUUCCUGGAGUGAUUUAGUGGUUUCCCACAAAGCUGUAUAAAAUUAAAAGUUCCUAACGAAAAACCUCGCGUGCUUUUUAAAUUCUUACAAAUUCGAAAAGUAGUUGUUCUUUUGAGUACAACAUUGUUAAUUACAAUAAACAAUUUAAAUGUAAUGAUGAGUUUUCAGCUAGGAGGUGAACUAAUUUAAAAACCCCCUAAUUAUUUAUAAGACCUAGUGCUUAAAUCUAAUAUUCAACUUUAUAUUCGAGUUAUAGGAUUGUACUAAAAGUUUUUCAGCAAACAACAUCAAGUGACAUUUCGAAAUUUCACGUUUGUUGUUUCGUGUUGAUUGCUAAAAGCUUGUAGAUUCUGAGAUAGUGGACGUAUUACUAGCUGAACCAACUAAAAUAAUUAUAAUCUGAAAAAACCCCGGGUAAUGAACAUCGAAAAAACGGCCUCAUUUUGGUGACUUUGCUUGGUUUAAUGAAUUCGGGGAAAUUAGGUUGAUCUCAGAUAGUGGAUUACAAUUUAUUAUAUCAAAUUGAAUAAUUAAAUUCAUAAACAUUAUGUUGUAAACAUAACAUUGUAGUGUUUUGAAAAAUGCAAAUACGCUUAAAGAAAGUGUAUAUAAUAAAUCGAUGAAUUACUAAAGAAAUCAUACAUACCGAUACAAUUUUUGAGAGCUUUAUUUACUGCUAAGAACUCGGAAUCUUCGACAUGUCAAACCAACUAUUCUUCCUGAGUUUGGCGGACAUCUUCUCGGUGUAUCCGGCCAUCUUCAAGGAGCAGAGCAAGAAGCUAAAGAAGACCAAGCAAAUCUAUCUGCCCAGCGAUGAGGAGUGGCAGGACAAGAUGUACUACAUGCUGUUGGAGAUUCAGCGCCAUGUAAACGAAUCUUCCGAUGAUGCGCUAACCCUACACGAUAUCAAUAAGAAGGAGAAACCAGUGUUUGAUCCCCUUCGCAUAACCAAGAUCAUCUCCCCUGGAGUUAGUCCAUGUGGAAGAAGGAGUAGGACCCUUAAGUACUGUCGUUCCACUGCAGUGAAAAUCAAAUUAAAGGCUGGAGCACGUUGGACUUUGCCCACUAUCGCCAAUGCCGCCAAACUCCUUCGCAAACCUCCUAUUUUGGUGGACUUCCAGAAUGAGCACGAGAUGCGUUUGGCUUUUUCCUUGAUCUACGACGUCUUCCGAUAUAAAGUUGUUAUGUCGAACGCUUUGGACGAUGUCUCCUUCUUUGAGGAGCACAAAGAGUUCAAAAACGAUGAGCAAAGGAUCUGGUUAAUGCUCUUCGAGCUCUACGAUCGGCAGUUUAAGGGUCGAAAUUCCGAGGAACAGGAUUUGCAAGCGACUCUGUAUAAGGAGUCUAAAGUUACAGAACUCGCGGAUCUCCUGUGGCAACAUCGCAUUCGAUUGGCAGCUUCGAUUUCCCGGAUGAGAAUCGGGGUUGGAGCACUCCGGCUUUCGCAACUGCUUCCUAUCCACCUCCAAAACGAGAAGGUGGCCAUCGCCGCUGCCAAUCCUGUGGUGACCGGUUGGAUAAAUCCCUUUUUAAUACGAAAUAAAGAAGAGGCGGAUAAGAUGCUUACAGAAAUGGGCUUUACUGUCCACGGACCGGACGAUGAGGAGCCACUUUUGGUCCAGCACUGUAAGUGGGACAAUAUAUGUCCUUUGGUCAUAUCCUGCAUUCCCAAGGAUCGCAGCGAGUUUACAAAAUCCGUUCUAAUGACUAAACAUUAUUUUAUAAUGCAGGACAAGAACUUCACCUUUGGCCCGGCCAUCAUGUCCAAGCUGAUGGAUUACUUUGAGCUGGAUGGCGACAUAUUGCAGACGCAUAUAGGUUCUCCUCGAUCCACCGCAUAUUUGGCAGCCUUGUUUUACUCAAUCAACCGGGUGAACAACUUUUAUGUUUAUGGAGCAGGGGCAAAUCUGAAGGAGUACCGUCGCUAUAUGGAGUCCAUAGGGGUUAAUAAUAUCAGGCUGUUUGGCGAUGCCUUCACCUCGUUUCCCAUGGAAUCGAAUCGAUUUCGAACGGUUGUGGGCAUCUUCGCCACUCCACCGAAUUCCUUUAGUGCAAUUUCGGAUCCCAUCGAUUUAAUCUGUUCCCGGGGUGGCGAUCUGAGUAUGCUGGAGGUGCUCACCGAGUCGGAGGUCAGCGACGAGGGUCGCCAGCGGGUGGCCAUGAUCCUCGAGGAGCAGCUGCUGACCCUCACCAUGUCGAUGUCGCGACCGCAAGUGCAGUUUGUUCUCUAUCAAACGCACUCAAUUGUGGGCACUGAAAACGAGAAUAUGGUGCAGCAUGUCCUGGAACUGAUCAAUAAACUGGCUCUGGAAAAGCAUCGCAAUGCGUACAAGGAGCAGAAGCGUCUGGAGGCGAUAGCCGAAGCGGAAGCAGCCAACAUUCCAGCAGCUGCAAUGAGCAAGGAUUCGCCCAGGAAGAAGGACAAACCCUCCACGCAGCCGGAACCUACAGCUCCUGGACCUCAGGGCUCCACAGCUCCUCCCUUGCCGCGCGUGGACAGCAUUGACCUGAUAGUUACACCCGAUAUUGAUGAGUUCGUACAGGACACCGUGCCGGAUAUAUGCAUCAAUCAGGAUAAUUGCAUCAAACAACAGGUCACGGGCAGUUACUUGGCCUUAGUACGCCGCAAAACCCUGACUCAUUUGAAUGAAAAGUACCUGAUUCGCCGGGCGGAGCAGAGAGGACUCUUUGGCAAACCCGAAAAAGAUGUCAAGGAGCGGUCGAGACCCAAGGCAGUGAAACUCCAGGAGCAGCAAUCGGAGCCAGCGCCCCAGGACAUUGGCUACGAUCCGAGGGGUUCCGUCCAUAGUUCAAGUGCCCAGCAAAUUCUCCAGCGUCUGCAGCGCUCGACGAGCGCCAGUGCGAUCCGUUCGCACCUGACCAAGGUAUCAUCGACGUACCGCCGGCCCAUCGCCUUCAACUUCAUUCGGCGCGAAUGCAAGCGCUUCUACGUCUUGCCUGUCUACAUGCACAGCACCAAGCAAAGCAUUCGGUUAUGGUGGCAAUAUGCCUACAAGUGCGUCACGCCCUCCGCCUCGGCCGGGGCCGUAUGGAAUCCGAAUCUGAAAUUCCGGCUCUACUGCAGCCGGCAGCUGCGCAUCCGGAAGCUGAGACGUGGUCCGUGGUCCAGGAGACAGCCACUCAAGCUGCAUAUCAAUGACAUCAAGCUGUUGUGUCAGGUGCGCAGGCGAAGUAAAUAAAUGGGCUGAUUGCAAAGCCCUAAAAGGUUUGAAAAAAGUUUCGUGUUACGUUUAGUUUGGGAUAUGAGUGUGGUCGAAUUCUACAGAAAAUUCUAUUUCAAAUUUGAACGAUAAGCGCAAUUUUAGGGCACUGCCAUACAUUCCAUGUCGAUAAGCCAAGCCAACCAGUGCUGCAAACACUAAACUUUUAAAAUGUAUAAAUACCAAUUUCAAAACACAUUCUGAAAUUUUAAUAAAACUUCUUUUUAUUUUGUUGAACUAUUUCCUUAUGGUUUAAUAGGUUGGGCGAAAAUUAAAUAAAAAGUGCUUGU